AGACCUGCACGGCCUCACGCUGUCGGCCUUGCUCCAUUGCUUCGCCCCUGGCUUUUGGCCAGUGGACUCGUCCUAAGGGGUCGGGGGCGAGACGCGCGCACUGGCGGCAGGCCUCCAGUGGACCUGCGGCUUCUCCCCACAGAGCUAGAAGGAGCUAGAGAUGCUAUUAGGCUGCCAUUUCAUCAAACGUGAGAAGUCAGCCCAGAGAUGGAAAACUUCAUUCUGUAUGAAGAGAUUGGCAGAGGAAGCAUGACAGUUGUCUACAAAGGGCGACGGAAGGGAACAAUCAAUUUUGUAGCUAUUCUCUGUACUGAUAAGUGCAAGAGACCUGAAAUAACCAAUUGGGUUCGUCUCACCCAUGAAAUUAAACACAAGAAUAUUGUAACUUUUCAUGAAUGGUAUGAAACCAGUAAUCAUCUCUGGCUAGUCAUGGAACUCUGCACAGGUGGUUCCUUAGAAAUGGUUAUUGCUCAAGACGAAAACCUCCCAGAAGAUGUUGUAAGAGAAUUUGGGAUUGACCUGAUUACUGGAUUACAUCAUCUUCAUCAACUUGGCAUUCUCUUUUGUGACAUUUCUCCUGGGAAGAUACUCUUGGAAGGGCCUGGCACACUGAAGUUUAGUAAUUUUUGCUUGGCCAAAGUGGAAGGUGAAAAUUUGGAAGAAUUCUUUGCAUUGGUGGCAGCAGAAGGAGGAGGUGAUAGUGGGGAAAAUGUACUGAAGAAAAACAUGAAAAGUAGAGUCAAAGGAUCUCUUAUCUAUACAGCUCCAGAAAUUGUGAGGGGUACUGACUUCUCCAUUACCAGUGACCUCUGGUCCUUGGGCUGCCUGCUCUAUGAAAUGUUUUCAGGAAAACCUCCGUUCUUCUCAGAAAGUUUCUCAGAAUUAGUUGAAAAGAUUUUUUAUGAAGAUCCUUUGCCACCUAUUCCAAAAGAUUCUUCUCGUCCUAAAGCUUCUUCAGAUUUUAUUAAUUUGCUUGAUGGUUUACUUCAAAAAGAUCCUCAGAAAAGAUUAACUUGGGCAGGACUACUGCAGCAUUCAUUUUGGAAGGAUGCUUUCACUAGAAAAGAUCAGGACUCAAGCAACGAGGAUUCCAGUGUCAGCAGAAACCUGGAGUAUUCUGGGUCACAAGAUUCCAAGGAGCUUCUCAAGAGCCCUCAUUGUGGACAAGCAAAAGGGGAGAAGAGUGGUGAGCAGCUCAGUCACUCGUUCAGACUAGAAAAUCCAUCUGAGUUGCGGCCUAAGAGCACUCUUGGGGGUCAGUUGAAUGAGUCCAUGUUUCUUCUCAGUUCUCGUCCGACUCCAAGAACUAGCACUGCAGUGGCAUUAAAUCCUGGUGAGACUAUGACUCAAAAUUCACCACAGAAGACUUCUCCCUUGACCAAAAUCACAAGUGGACACCUGAGUCAGCAGGACCUGGAGACCCGGAUGAGAGAGCUUAUCUACACAGACUCAGAUCUUGUCAUCACCCCAAUUAUUGACAAUCCGAAGAUAAUGAAACAACCACCAAUUAAAUAUGAUCCAAAAAUAUUGCAUCUACCAGCACAUUCAGUGGAUAAAUUAGUAUUUCUAGAAGACCAAGAUUGGAAUGACUUUCUGCAACAAGUGUGCUCACAGAUCGACUCCCCCGAGAAGAGCACAGGGGCCUCCCGAGCCAAGCUGAAUCUCCUUUGCUACUUGUGCGUGGUGGCCGGACACAGGGAGGUGGCCACCAGGCUCCUCCACUCACCCCUGUUCCAAUUGCUAACCCAGCAUUUGCGAAUAGCUCCAAACUGGGAUAGAAGGGCCAAGGUAGCUCGGUUGAUUGGUUUACUGGCUUCGCACACAACGGAGCUCCAGGAAAAUACACCUGUUAUUGAGGCAGUUACUCUCUUAACCGAAUUAAUUAGGGAAAACUUCAGGAACAGCAAAUUAAAACAGUGCCUUUUACCAACCCUGGGGGAGCUGAUCUAUCUUAUAGCCAUCCAGGAAGAAAAAAAAAAGAAGCCCCGAGAAUGCUGGGCUGUUCCCUCGGCUGCAUACACGGUGCUAAUGAGGUGCCUUCGGGAAGGGGAAGAACGUGUUGUGAAUCACAUGGCAGCAAAGAUUAUUGAAAAUGUCUGCACUACCUUUUCUGCUCAGGCCCAGGGCUUUAUUACAGGAGAAACUGGGCCUGUUUUAUGGUACCUAUUCAAACAUUCUACCGUUGAUUCUCUUAGGAUAACUGCAAUAUCGGCCUUGUGUAGAGUCACUCGCCAUUCUCCUACUGCCUUCCAGAAUGUUAUUGAGAACGUGGGACUGACCUCAGUAAUAAACUCCCUGGCCUCUGCCAUCUGCAGAGUCCAGCAGUACAUGUUGACCUUAUUCAGUGCUAUGCUGUCCUGUGGGAUUCAUCUUCAGAGGCUAAUCCAGGAAAAGGAUUUUGUCUCUACAAUUAUCCGUUUACUGGACAGCCCCUCGACAUCCAUCAGAGCAAAAUCCUUCCUGGUUCUUCUGUAUAUUUUGAUUCAUAACCACGAGAUGCUGCUGCUCAGCUGUCAAGCACGACUGGUGAUGUACAUCGAGAGAGACAGCAGAAAGACCACUCCAGGCAAGGAACAGCAAAGCGGCAAUGAGUACCUGUCCAAAUGCCUGGACCUGCUCACCUGUCACAUCGUGCAGGAACUGCCACGAAUCCUGGGUGACAUUCUGAACGCCUUGGCUAACGUUUCCGGUCGUAAACACCCAUCCACAGUUCAAGCGAAGCAGCUGAAGAUGUGUCUCCCCCUCAUGCCUAUAGUGCUUCACCUCGUAACGUCUCAGGUAUUUCGACCUCAAGUUGUAACGGAAGAGUUCCUUUUCAGUUACGGAACUAUUCUUAGUCAUAUUAAAUCAGUAGACUCAGGAGAAACUAACAUAGAUGGAGCUGUAGGACUGAUGGCAUCAGAAGAAUUUAUCAAGAUCACCCUGUCGACUUUUGAAGCAGUGAUACAGUAUCCUGUUUUAUUGAAAGACUAUUGCUCUACGGUGGUUGAUUAUAUCCUGCCACCCUUGGUCUCCUUGGUUCAAAGCGGGAAUGUGGAGUGGAGACUCUUCAGCUUGCGGCUGCUCUCAGAAACCACAUCUCUGCUCGUGAACCAGGAGGAUGGUGAUGGCAAGAAGGAGGCGAAUGUCGAUUCUGACAGCAGUCUUCUGGCUCUCAUUAGAGAUGUCUUACUUCCCCAGUACGAGCACAUCCUCACGGAGCCUGACCCCGUACCAGCAUAUGCUCUGAAGCUGCUAGUUGCCAUGACUGAACACAACCCAACUUUUACCAGACUUGUGGAAGAAAGCAAACUGAUCCCACGCAUUUUUGAUGUAAUUCUGGAACAUCAGACGAACAUUCUGGGUAACACCAUGCAAAGUGUGGUUGCAUUGCUCAACAAUCUGGUCACCUGCAAAGAUCUGAAUAUGAAGCUCCUUUAUGAACAAGGACUGGUCCAUCAUGUCUGUAACCUGUUCACUGAAACUGCCACACUGUGCUUGGAUGUGGACAAUAAAAACAACAACGAGAUGGCAGCCGCCCUGCUAUUUUCCCUGCUGGAUAUUUUGCACAGCAUGCUGACCUAUACCUCCGGGGUCGUGCGACUGGCUCUGCAGGCACAGAAGUCCGGCUCUGGAGGGGACACUCAGGCCGCAGAAGACCUGCUGCUGCUCGGCAAGCCUCUGACAGACCUUAUCAGCCUGCUUAUCCCGCUGCUUCCUAACGAGGAUCCUGAAAUUUUUGAAGUUUCAUCCAAGUGUCUGUCUAUACUGGUUCAGUUGUAUGGAGGAGAAAACCCAGACAGCCUGUCUCCCGAAAAUGCAGAGAAUUUUGCUGAUUUACUGAUGUCCAAAGAGGACCCGAAGGAGCAGAAGCUUCUGUUGAGGAUUCUCAGAAGAAUGAUCACCUCCAAUGAGAAGCACCUGGAGAGCCUCAAGAAUUCGGGCAGCCUCCUGCGGGCUCUGGAGUGGCUGGCUGCGGCUGGGGGUUCGUCGGCCAACAGUGCAGUGGCUUCCUUGGCCCUGGAGAUCCUCCAAGCUGCUGGACACUAGGCAAGAAGGCAUUUAGCGCGAGCCCACUCUGCGGCACCCACCCUCAGCUACACACGUUCACCACGUGGCACCUACAGCUCUAUUUGGAUCUAAUAAAGUCAGCUGAACCCAGAACCUCUGGCUGAGAUGAUCUAACUCCAGACCCUAGAAAACCCACUCAGAAUGGACCUCCUCAGUGCAUGUGUGAUGCAUCUGGGAACCCCAGGUUUGCUAGCUGUUCUCAGAAUGCUCUUUCCCUGUGUGGGCCAGGUAGGCCUCUGCUAAAGCCUGCACUGCCUGUGCUAGUCUAGGCCUGCCAGCGUCUAUAAGCAUCUUGCUUCUCUGGAGAAGAUUUAACAGGCUAGGCAGGAAUGCUCUCCCAGCUACAGCUCCAGAGCAAGCCUUUGGAAGUUAUAGUCUCUUCUCUUCCUCCUACUUUUACCUGCUUGGCUUUUCUUCAUUUCAGGGAUGAAGUGAUUCCAAGAAUCUUGGGGAGAACUGGGCAAGACUGCACUAACAGGAACAGGUGGUUAAAACUUUGCCUAAAGGAAUGCAAAACGCUCAAGGAAUGCUGGCUUCCUUGAAGAUCUGCUCAUCUAGAUGGGAUGAUGGCAUCAAGGUAGAAUCAUACCCCCAACUUCUACCAGUGACCCCCCUUAUCCUCGAAGCCUUUCCGGCUUCUUCCUCACACAUAUGCCCUUAGUGCCCCCUGUGUAAGAGUCAAGCCUGUGAAAAUACUGGGUGGACACUGCGGAAAGGGGCUGGGACUGUUGUACUGAGGGAGGGAGGGCUGGACCGUGGGCAGCUUGAACCAGGUGAGCAAGUUGAGAACAACAUUCCUUGGCCUCCUCUCUGGGUCCUCUGUUUCCCCACCUGCAGAAUGAAAGGGCUCGACUAGAUCAGUAGCUGCAGUGCUCUGGGCUGCUUAGAGAGGGGAUCUGCCCCUUGACACACACUGCCUGAGCCCAGAUGGGCUUCUGUCCCAGGCAGCAGCCCCUAUGUGGGGGGAAUGGGCGGGGGACGCAGAAGCGGGAGGCACAGGGGCACAAAGGCGGCCCCACACCUACUGCAUCACGGGAAGCUGGGCACACUGUCGCCAACAGGCCCACUUUGCCGCGGUGAUCUGGGUAAUGUGCCAGCUUCCAUUUGGCUUUGUAACAAACACAGCAGCUCCGUGCCCCCCUCCGUCAAAGGCGUGGAUGUCACUUACUUUAUUUAAACCUCACCACCUGCCAAGCAGACCUUCUUAUCUCCAUUUCACAGGUGAGAAAACUGAGGCUCAGAGGAGCCAGUCCACUUGCCCAAGGCCCCACUGCUGGGUUGAACUCGGGACUAGGACUCCGCAGCCUGUGUGUCUGCCAGUGGGAUGUCCAGAGUCGAGCUGAGUAGCAGGGCUGUAAGGGGGAACCCCACCCAGGAGCAGGCAGUGUCCUCUGCUCUCAUAGCCUCCUAACUGCCCACAGGAAGUCCUGCUGGGCAAUGUGCCCAUCACCAGGCUGUGCACCCAGGUGGCCCUGGCCUGGCUGGAUUUGUUCCUGGGGUGAGGGAAGCUGAUGGGGAGCAGCUGGAGGCCUGGCCCUCAGCUCCUGUUGCUUUGCCUCUUUGGUCCAGGGAACAGGCACAGUUCUCCCUGUUUUCCCAGAAAAUCUGUUCUCUCCUCUUUCAUUCAGCUCUUAGGGGAAGCACCCUGGAGUUCUGGACCUAGAGCCCCCCAGAAGGUAUUUCAGAGCCAUCGAAUUCGUCUUUCUCUACCCUUUUGAGUUGAGCAGGGAGGAGUCUUUGCUGCUUAAGGUGAAACAGGAGGAAAGUUUUAAAAUUCCAGAACCACGUUAAGUGGACCGUGCCUGGCCCUGAGUCCCACAGCCUCGCCUCUCUGAGGAAAGGCGUAUUUGAAUAGGCAAGGGGCAAGGAGGAGAUGUUCCCAAGCAGGGCUAGUACCCCACCAAGGGUGUUCAGCGCAGGGCGACAGGCGCUAAAGCUAGCCCACGCCAAGUUUUGCACCCUGGCAUGAGGCUAUGUCCUCCUUUUUGUCCUUCUCACAAAGGUGCCUUAUGAAAGCAGCAGCCCCAAUCCUAAUGAGCUGAGGCAGGGGACGUGAGCAGUCUGGCUGAGUAGACAAGAGGGAGGCGGAGAGCAGUGCCCUUCCCUGCCCCACACGAGAGGCCCAUACCCUUUUGUGGCUUCCCCGGCUCCAGUUCUGAGAAGACCUGGGCCCCAGCCACCCAUCAGAGAGCUCUCAGGAUGCUCGCAGUGACCAGAGGCCCAGACCCAGGUAACUACCGGCCCUCCUCUUCCCACCACCUCCAAGCUUUAGCUGUUUGCUAACUGGCUACAUGUAGUCCGUCGGCUGAGCCCCCCAGGGAUGAAUGGCAUCACUGAAGUUGCAGGGUGAGGGGGCAAAGGAGGCAGCAGGAGCAUGCCUUGCAUGGAGCGGAGCAGAGCGGACCGGCGAGUGGCUGCACUAGGCUGCCUUCUUUCCCUAACAACAGGCCCAAAGCUUUGAGACCUUGCCUCAACUUACAGCCUGAGAGUAGGUGCCCAGUGAGCUGUCCCUCUGUGACGAUCUAUCUGGGGUGACUCUGGCCUGGAGGGUAUCCUGAGAGGAACUGACAGUCAUCUGGCAGCUAAGCAAGUGGCUCUGUAGGACGCAGCAACAGAAUUUACUGACUGACGGUUCUUUGGGCUUGUCUAGCUCUUCCUGUUUCCCAUAUUAUCAUGAGAUUUCCCCUAUUACCUCAUGAGGUUCUGAGGUCAAUUUUGUGAAUGCAAGGCAGCUCUUAGCCCUGUGGGACAGCUCAGAAGUGGAGGCUCUGGUGGCUAAGGCUUUUGUCCAUAGUGAGCGAUAGUGAGAGGACCUGGGUCUCUCCUGCCUCCACUUGAAGCAAAAUGCCCUUUAUUCUCCCUCCUCCAACAACAGAAAAAUAUGUAGAAAUAAAUCUCUGUGAUAAAUGGACUUAUGCAGGGGCUGAGGUAGGAGCCUCAGGAGGGAACUGGUAGGGAAGGGGGCGGCAAGAAGCUACAAAAGCCCAAAGAGGCUUGGUCCCUGGGGAGACCUGUCUGGAGUGGGGUGGGGACAAGACUCACUGAGUUUCAGGAGGCUUUGGCCCCAACAGCCUCAAGCUUCCAGGAGGCCAAGGGAGGGAAGGGGCAACAAGCACCAGCCUUGGCCCAGAAUAAGGACCAGGGCGGUGUGGAGUCUUGAUGUGACCUGGAAGAAGGCUGGCCUUUCAAACCUGGCCUCUGGCCUCUCAGAGGCUUGAUGCUGAGGUGGCAGAGGAGGCCAGUCACCCCCCUGUAGAUUACGCAUGAGGUGGGGAGGUGGAGUGGACACCACACAGGACGUUGAUGAAUAAGAAAAAGGAAGCACUACCUUUCAGCCUCCCGCCCCCAUUAUUUUCUAACUGCAUUUGAUGGGUGUUCACUCAAGCAAGGCAAGCAGUUAGAUUCUCACCUAGUAGAACAAAACAACUGCAGUGGAGCAACUCAGCUCUCUGCUGGUUUACAAACCAUACGGCACGAUUCGGAUCUUCUGUUUUUAUUACACUAAUCAAGACAUAUUUAUCUCAAGAUCUUUCACUGUCAAGGAUUCCAAUAACCAGAUCAAAGCCUCAUGUCUAGAACACCUCAUCCAACAUGGAGAAGCUUCAUUUUUCAGCUCAUUGGUGGUCACUGCAAUGGGAUCAGAUGUCCUACGCACCUCCAUCCCCAGGUAACCACUAUUCUGUUUUUUUGUGGUAAUCUAAAUUUUCUUGCCUCUUAGGGGGCACUAAUUUCUUUAGUUUUACUAUCUCUGGAUGAUCUCCUUAAAACAGUUUGCCUUUCUCUUUGCACCAGUGCAGUCCUACGGCAUGCAUUUGUGACUUGCUUUUGUUCAGUAUCAUAUUUGAGAUAUACCCAUACUAUUGGGUUGAAGCUGUGGUCUUUUACUGCAUUGCGGCCAUUCUCUUGCAAAUUAUUGGACACAUGGGCUUCCAGUGAGGGCUUCUGAUAUUUUGUUGAUCAUGGAUUUUUUCUUGCAUUAAUUUCAGUUUUAUCCAAAUGGCUACCUAACUGUUCUACACUUUUACUAAAAAGUCCCUCUUUUGCACACUGACUUCCAGUGCUACCCUUAAAGUGUCUAUUGUCUUCAUCUUAUUCUGUUCCCUUAGUGUAUACUUCUACACACAUGCCAAUAACAGUGUAAAUUUAACCACCUCUAGCUUUACAGUUAGGCCUUGACAGCUGACAGAACAAGUCCUCCUGUCAUCUUAUUCUUCACGAGUGUCUCUGCCGUUCUUGGCUCUUUGUCCUUCUAAGUGCAUUGCAGAACUACCUUUGCUGAAUCAGAUUAACCUUCAUGUAAAGUUUUUACAUGGAACUUCAAAACUAUAAUGAUUUUAGGCAAAGCUCUGGAAUGUUUUCUGGUUUUAAAAAAAAAAACCCACCCUGCUGUGGUUCUUUAUGUUAAAAGCUGAACUCGCUAGAGAUCUUCACUCUGACCAAUAGCUCUAGCCUACCUAAUAGUUAUGCAAUGCUGCCUUGGUUCUCUGUGUCAUGCACUGGAGGCACAACUGCCCCCUCACCAGGUACACAAAUGUUUCCUCUCCAAUCCCAAUUACAUCUUAGACCACAGGGAAGAAUUUAUAAAGCUUUCUCCAAGGGUCCUCAUCCAACAAAAAGGUACUGAAUACGUGUUUUUAAAUACACAGUAAAUCACAAACAGCCCUCCCUAAGCACAAAACACUUCCAUGCUUUUUAAAGCCCAAAACACAGGUUCUAACAAACAGCUCUACUGACUCUGCCCUCAGGGAUGAACUAAGCUUGUCAGACCUACCACCAGGAUGACAGGCUCACCUGGCAGAGAGCAUGGAAGAAGGCCCAUUCUAGUUCUCUCUGAUAUGUUCAGAUAAACAUCGGCAGGUAAACCAUCUUAACUAUCAGUUCAAAGUGGAGUUGAAGGAAUUCCCCGCUCCAAAUGAGUCACACUUCUGUGAAGGUGCUUGAAGUCCAAAUCCAGGUGAGUAAUUCUUCAUUAUUACCUUAAAGGAAUGAAACCAUGUGAUGGAGUCUGGGGUGGGGGAUGCCUAUUGGGCAACACAGGACAAAACUGAAAGCCAAAGAGCUAGAUGCCUUUAGUCACGUGGGCAGGAUUCUACACAUGGCUGCAGCCAGGAUGAAGGAGUCUUGGCCAUAGGCUCUAAGCCCAGAGUCCUUCAGUUGGAGACGAUGGACUCCCCCCUCUUCUUACACAGGCUCAGAAUCAACGUUCAAGGCUGAAACACUUUUGGUGCAAUUUAACCCAGGGAUAAGUGCUAAAGAGGCCUGGCAAACAAACAAUUCCGCCUACUAGCAGUAAGGCUCUUUCCAUCAUUACUUAAGUAAGUUUAUUCAACUUCAUCCUGAGGAAGACACAUAGUGAAAUAAUUUAUUACCCUCGCAAACCACUAAGUGACAAGGAAAAAAAGGUGACACAAUCGAAUGAAUUAAAAGUUUAAUUCUGAACCAUUUUUAUAACCGCAUUUUCUCUUGAAGCAUUGUAUCACCGCAGGUUACAACAACUUUGGGAUAAAAGGCAACUGGUAAACUGUCCAAAACAAGGUUCCAAAUAACACCUCUUACUGAUUUACCCUACCCAUACAUAUCCCAAAUAAAGUUUUUGAUCAAAAACAUGAAAUAGAUCCACCUGCUUAUUUUAAGCAUAUUAAAAAGGAAACUAAUUGGACCAUUUCUAUUUGUCUAUUUUAUACAAAAAGGCUACACAAUGUUACACUUUAUUCAGAUUACAAUUAGAGUGAUUAUGAAUUAGUGUUCUACACCAUUACUCAAUUUUUAAAAAUUAGAAAUUGCUGUAGCAGUAUUCACUAUAACUUAACACUAUGAGAGACUUAAAAAACUAACA